CAACCAUGGCCUCCCACGGUGUGCCCAUCAAGCUCCUCCAUGAAGCCGAAGGCCACAAGGUGACGCUGGAGACAAAGGCCGGUGACGUCUAUCGCGGGCUGCUCGACGAGGCCGACGACUCGAUGAACGUCUUCCUCAAGGAGGUGGUCAAGCGGGCCAAGGACGGAUCAAAGUCGUCGCUGGGAUCGGCCUUUAUUCGUGGCUCGCAGGUCCGCUACGUCAUCCUCCCCUCCAUUCUCACCCACGCGCCCAUGCUCCGUCGCAUGGACAAGGCCAACAACAUCGGCCUCGGCAUCUCCCAGCCGCCCUCGGCCCGUCAGUAGCUGGCUUCUCUCCCGCCGCACGCCGGCUCACAUCCUUGCACUUGCAUCUGUCCACCUGGAGCCCCUUCGAUGAGGUGAUGGAGGAUGGCAAGCAGGUGCCGCCGACGAGUCGUCUGCUAGCC